CUCCUAUUUUGGAAUUAUUUCAAUUAUUUCGUAAGUGAGUAUAAGCAGUUAAAGUAUUUAAAAAUAUCAGAAGAAACAAUUAUGUCAAUGAAUGAUCCGGCAAUCAAAAUUGAACCGCCAGAAUAUUUAGAAGAAGACAUUAAACACGAAAUUCAGGAUGAAAUUGAUGUUUCUGAUGAUACUGUUAAGUAUGAAGAUGUCAAACAGGAGUUAGCGGACAUUAAACACGAAAUUCAGAAUGAUAUUGAUGUUUCUGACGAUAUUGUUAAAUCUGAAUCGUAUUCUGAGGAUGAUGAAACCUGUUUAGAAAGAUCCAUGAACUCUGAAGUGACAAUCGAAGAAGAAGUGAAACAGGAGUUAGUCGAGCCAGCAGUUUGUGAAUGUGACAUUUGUGAUCAAUCAUUUGCAGAAUCUGAUCAAUUAAAAGAGCAUAUGGUCAAUCACAAUUUUAGUAAUAGCAAAAAACGCCCUUUAAAAUGCGAAAUCUGUCAUAAGACUAUGAAACGAAAAAGUUACUUGAAAAUUCACAUGCUUUUGCAUAGCGGAGAGCGCCCCCAUGAAUGCGUCAUAUGCAACAAGACAUUUGCACUAUCAUGUCAUCUGAAUAAACACAUGCUGAUUCACAAAAAAAUACGCCCUCAUCGAUGCAAUGUUUGUAAUAAGACAUUUGCACAAUCCGGAAGUCUCAAACGUCACAUGCAAGUUCACAAAGGAAUACGCCCUCAUCAAUGCAAUGUUUGUAAUAAGACAUUCACGGAUUCAGGAGGUCUCAAACGUCACAUGCAAAUUCACAAAGGAAUACGCCCUCAUCAAUGCAAUGUUUGUAAUAAGACAUUCACGGAGUCAGGAAGUCUCAAACGUCACAUGCAAAUUCACAAAGGAAUACGCCCUCAUCAAUGCAAUGUUUGUAAUAAGACAUUUGCACAAUCCGGAAGUCUCAAACGUCACAUGCAAAUUCACAAAGGAAUACGCCUUCAUCAAUGCAAUGUUUGUAAUAAGACAUUCACACGAUUCGAUAGUCUGCAAAGGCACAUGCUGAUUCACAAAGGAAACCAUGGCAAUUUUUAGUCGAAAAUGUAAUAAUAAUCAAUGACAUAUAAUCAUUUCUUAAAUUGAAAUGAAAUAUAAACAUUUCUUAAAUUGAAUUUAAAUAUUAGGAAAAAGGUUAUAAGAAAAUAUUUCAACUG